CUCGCACGUCCAUCACAGCUUGACACGGAAGUGGGAGCAGGUCGCGCGGAGCAGGUUGAGACGAGGCGGAGUUCAGUUCCGUUUAAUUCUCUUUAAUUGUGUUGGUUACGUCUUGUAACCGAACCCGACAUCCAAACUGGAAGGUCUCAGUGCAGCGUGGGUUCCCAGGGACCCACUGCCCGAGUGUGGGGAGAGCAGUGGCCGAGGCCCAGGGGACAUGAACCACAGGAAGGGCGGCCUGGUCAUCUUCACCGGCAACUCGCACCCCGCCAGCCGCGAAAUGAGCAAGAGGAUCGCAGAGCGGUUAGGGGUGGAGCUUGGGAAGGUGCAGGUGUACCAGGAAGCCAACAGAGAAACACGGGUUCAGAUCCAGGAGUCGGUGCGAGGCAAAGACGUGUUUGUGAUCCAGACAGUGUCCAAGGACGUGAACACCACCAUCAUGGAGCUGCUGAUCAUGGUGUACGCCUGCAGGACGUCCUGUGCCAGAAGCAUCACGGGAGUCCUCCCCUACUUCCCCUACAGCAAGCAGUGUAAGAUGAGGAAGAGGGGCUCCAUCGUCUCCAAGCUCAUGGCCUCUAUGAUGUGUAAAGCUGGUCUCACCCACCUGAUCACCAUGGACCUGCAUCAGAAAGAGAUCCAGGGCUUCUUUGAAAUCCCAGUGGACAAUCUGAGAGCGUCGCCCUUCCUGCUGCAGUACAUUCAGGAGGAGAUCCCCGACUACAGAAAUGCUGUGAUUGUGGCCAAAUCCCCGUCUUCCGCCAAAAGGGCUCAGUCGUUUGCAGAGCGACUGCGUCUGGGUCUGGCCGUGAUCCACGGUGAAGCUCAGGAUGCAGAAUCCGACCAGGUGGACGGGCGACACUCUCCACCCACCGUCAAGUCCACCGGAGCCAUUCACCCCAGCAUGGACAUACCAUUGUUGAUCCCUAAAGAGAAACCUCCCAUCACAGUGGUCGGGGAUGUAGGAGGACGCAUCGCCAUCAUCGUGGAUGACAUCAUCGAUGACGUGGGCAGCUUCGUGGCGGCGGCCGACACGCUGAAGGAACGAGGAGCGUACAAGAUCUACGUGAUGGCCACGCACGGCAUCCUCUCCUCCGACGCCCCCAGGUUCAUCGAGGAGUCUGUAAUCGACGAGGUGGUGGUGACCAACACGAUUCCCCACGAGCUCCAGAAGCUCCAGUGUCCCAAAAUCAAAACUGUGGACAUCAGCAUAAUCCUGUCAGAGGCCAUCCGCCGCAUCCACAACGGAGAGUCCAUGUCCUACCUGUUCCGAAACAUAGGAGUGGACGACUGAACAACGCACACACACAGACACACACAAACACACACACACACUCCCAUUUGCCUUUAUGACGUCUCCAGACACACAGAUGAAUGAUAAACACAUCCACACAUGAGCUCCAGUGCCCUGAUUGUAUCAUAGAGUACAAACACAAAGUCCUCUGAGUGCAGCUCGACACAGGAGACGACUGAAGACACAUGUGAAGGUUGAGUCUGAGCUCAGCUGCUGAUUGGUUCCUCGGUUCUGGUGGAACUCACACUGGACUCCUGCCUGUCUGCGUGACGACUGCUGCCAAUCACAUUUCAGUUUUUUACUCUGGUCUUUCUGAGUAGGUCUACUACCUCUGUUUAGUCACGUCUCCCCCCCCCCCCCCCUGCUGAUAUUUGUUGGCAUUGAAUGUCUCAUAGAAGCCAGUGAAGGAGAUUGUGCUGAGUGCCAGCGCCUCCUACAGGACGGUGGACACACGGGUCAUGAUCACGCCCAACGUUACUAAUUAAUAGCAGCUAAUUAACUUGUGUAUCCGAGUGCACGUUUAAACCCGAACCUCAGUUUGUGUCCUUUUUUUAAGUUGUGUGUGAAUGUGCUACUAACACAAUUAGUUAGCUGAACGUGUGAGUGGUUACCAAAGCGCUUAAAUGCUAAUCUAGUGUCAAAUCUCCCAAUUGCUAAAGUUGAACUGGAAUUAAUUUGGGAACUAUUUUCUCAUUCUAGUGAAUUGACUGUUACAACAGUGCACCUGUGAAAUAUAUAUAUAUAUAUAUGAGUCAUCCAUAUAACAAUGUGUGCCAUCCCUUUCAACCUCACAUAUCUGUAUUUAUAUUUAGUUUCUUCAAACCUUCAGUCGCAGCUUCACUCUCCAGCUGCUCUUGAAAUCGGUUCAAACAUGUUACACUUGAAGAAAAAUCUCAAUCUGCAGAAGAGAAUCGAACCCCUUUCCCCUGAGGAGCAGAGACCUGACACAAGCAGGUCCGUGUCACUGCUCCAGAUGUGUUCCAAAAAAUGUUUUGUAUUUAUUUUUAGCACUUAAUCUGAAUAAAUAUGAUCUAUGAAAGAAAA